AGAAGGGCAAUAACUCAUUAGCAGAAGCUCUGUACAUGUGCAUUCUGCUAUUUGCCACAUAUCUACAAAAGAGUUUCUUCAGAGCGCAGAGAAACCUGUGAACUGUUGGAAUAUUAUAAGUCUUCCCUUGAGAUGUCAGUCAAGAGCUUCAGUACAGUCACAGUCGCUACUGUGCUUAUUUUCUUCCUAAAGAUACAACUCUCAGUGCAAGCGCCGUUGAAUGGGUCAAAAUGGUCUUAUAUUGGUCCCAAUGGAGAGAAGGCCUGGCCAAAGAAAUACCCAUUUUGUGGAGGAGUAUUCCAAUCGCCAAUAGAUUUCCACAAAGAUAUUCUCCAGUAUGAUUCUAAUCUCUUGCCUUUAGAAUUCAUAGGCUAUAAUGUGCCCUCCACUGACCAGUUUACAUUGACCAAUAAUGGUCAUUCAGUGAAAAUGUAUCUGUCGCCUACUAUGUACAUCAGAAACCUCCCGUUUGAAUACACGGCAUCUCAACUUCACCUACACUGGGGAAACAGAAAUAAGUCAGAAGGCUCAGAGCACACAGUCAGUGGGAAGCAUUUUGCAGCAGAGCUGCAUAUUGUACAUUAUAACUCUGAGAAAUAUCCAGAUAUAACAGCAGCAAUGGACAAAGCAGAUGGACUGGCGGUUUUGGCUAUUCUUCUUGAGAUUGGACCCUUCAACCCGUCCUAUGAAAAAAUCUUCAAGCACUUCCGGAAUGUGAAAUACAAGGAUCAGACGGUCCAAGUCCCUGGUUUCAAUGUUCGAGCACUGCUUCCUGACAGACUGGAUGAGUAUUACCGCUAUGAAGGAUCACUGACAACUCCUCCUUGCUACCCUAGUGUUCUCUGGACAGUUUUCCGACACCCCGUUAAAAUUUCACAAGAGCAGUUACUGGCACUGGAAACAGCCAUGUACUGCACAGAGAGUGACGACCCAGAACCGCUGGAAAUGGUCGACAACUUCCGAAAUGUUCAGGAAUUCCAUGAAAGACUGGUUUUUACCUCCUUCCGUGAAGGUUUUCUUGUUUCUGUUGUAAUAGCCUGCGUUCUGGGAGUUCUCAUCAUUCUUGCAGUAGCCUUCUGGCUACUAAAGAGGAAAAGCUGCAAAAAGGGAGGCAAAGACAACAGAGGAGUCAUCUACAAGCCAGGCACGUACAAGGAGGAUGAAGACAUCUCCAAACUUUGAUACCCUGCUCUGUCACAAAAGCCUCUUUUCAUUCAUUGCACUGAUUUAUUCUGCAUUGGUGGAACACAUCUCUUGUUCUUGGCUAAUGAUAAGCCUCAAGAGCGUUUUAAAAACAUACCAGCCAAAAGUUUUCUGUAGCCCUUGUUCCCUUGUUUUCCAGGGAGAUAUGAUCAGUGAAUACUCCUGAGCUAAAUUCCUCACCACGUUCUUAUCAUGUUUGCUGCUUACUGAGUCUGGGUCUUUUAAUUGAUUUUACAGUUAAUCCUAAACUCCAAUUUUAUGGUUUGUUUAGCACAGAUUUUCCCACAGGUAUUCAAAUCUGAAGACACUCAUCAGGCUACAAGCACUCUUCCCUGCUAAAUCAAGGUAUUUGGUUUAACACCACGAAUAUAAACAAGGUAAAGAGCAAGGUGUAUUUGAGAUCAGAAUUUGAACUAGAUUGUCCAGUGGAUAGUUUUUAAAAUCACAGCAAAUGAUGCUAAUAGAUUCAGCAGUGGCUUUGUAACAGAAAUAUUAGAGGAAAAGACAAGUGUAAAUGCAAUGAGAGCCAUGUGGAUUAUUAAUAGGGUUCAGGCCCAGGAACUCAGUGCUGAAAAAAUACUACUGCUAGAGGAACAGCUCACUUUCCAGUUAUUACACAGACUCACAAAUCUGUUAUGGAGGUCAGCCUCUGUCUCUCAUUGGAAUGAGAGAAGCAUCUUGUCUUAUUAUCCUGCUCUUACUUAUAGUGUGUGUAUGAAUGUUGUAGAGAUAAUGCAGUUUCUUCAGCUUUUAAGUAGACUUGCUAUUUAUUCAUGAAAUCUUGAUUGAUUUUACAGUAUAUAUUACAACUGCAGUUAUACAGUAGAUGAUUUCGCUGAUUUAGUUCUCUGAAUUUAGCUGUUCAAUUAUUAGAAAAUAACUAAAAUUAUUUUUUCAAAUCCAUAAACUAGAUACUUUUGAGUAUUAUUAUGCAUUUUUGAAAGUGAGCAGCAUAAACCUAACUGUUUCCACUGAAGACAAUGUGAAAUGUCAUCGACUUUAGAAGAACAGUGUUUAGGCAGCCUAGCCCCAGAUGUAUACAGAACUGCUCUUGAAUCUGACAUCUUAAGUGAGGGUCUGAAAUGCUUCUACUUCAGUAUACAGGCAGGAAGUGACUGAGCACAGGUCUAUACCUAAAAUAAUUCCAAUCUGAACUUUACACUUAGAUUUGUUUUACAUUCAGUAGCACCACCACCACAUUUGUGAUUUUAAAUAAAUAAAUUCUUACUGUAUGUGUUUUCCCCUUUAAAGAUGGCAGAUGCAUAUUUAUAUUUUAGAUUCUUCCCUUUCCACUCCUAAGAAUGUUGUCUGAUAUGAAAAGCAAGCUUUUGAGUGAAAGGAGAAAUAAUCUUAUUAAUACUUACUGUACAUGAAAUUUAGGAGCGUAAUCUUGCAAUUAAGUACAUUGCAUUUGCCAGAAUUUUUCUCUCGCAUAAAGCAGCACAUAAAGAUCAUCUUGUCAAAAUGCUUUAAAUUACUUAAAAAGCAGCAUUUGUGUGCUAUGGGGAACAUUACUUACUCUUUGAAUACAGGUGUUUAAAGACAAGAACUGAUAAUAGAUUUUUAUGAUGUUUCUUUUGUUUCUUUUAUUUCUUCUAGAAGAAUAACAUUUUAAUUAGUAUUUUAAUCUUCAGCUGAGCUGAUCAGAAACAUCAAUCAAUCAGUCAUUCUCUUUUGCACACAACAUCCUUGGCAUCUGUAAAAAGAAACAGAAAAACCUCAGUCAAGUACUAUACACUUACUGUGAGGAAAAGUCUUGCAUUACCAGCAAAGAAAACAUAUUAGACAUUAGGCAAAAAAUGUCUCCUCCAGAACUAUUUCUUAAGCAAAAGAACAAACUGAAGAGGAAUUCACACAAAUCAUAUUCCUGCUGCUCCCACUUGUAACACCCUCUAAUUGCAUGGAGUCCUCCUGCCUUUGAAAACACAAGCACAUGGCAAUUUUUGUUUUUCCUUAACGUUGUAUUAUUAGUUUGCACUGCCAGUGGUCCCUAAGCUGAAAGAAUCUAAACCUAUAUGUUUUCUGGGCUCUUUAGCCACUAUCUUUUAAUAAAUCUAUUGAAGUAUCACAUUUUUUUAAUACUUUCCAGGACAUUUCUUUUGUCAUUCUUACAUGCACAUUUCAGAUGCCUGGAAAAAUCAAGCAUAAUCAGAAAGACAGAUGUUGUCAACACGCUACCAUAUUAAAUUAAAUCAAGUUACGAACAUCACCAUUCACUCCUUUUUAAAUGGAAUGACCUAUUUUUGAGGCUCCAAUAGCAGAAAUGAAGCCGAAAUAACUCUAGCCAGAAAAGA